AUGCAAUCAGCUACAGGAUUAGUCCUAGGGACGAGAGAUGAGGAGAAACUGUACAUCUAUGACGUUAUUUUGACACCAAAUCCAGAGAAUACUCAGAAAGAUAUUAAACAGACAGGUCCUGAUUAAUAACCUUUGGAAUAAAAAGGCCUUCUUUAGCUUCUCAAUACAAAGUAUACAGAGUUCAACUACUCAGAUUGGCUUAGUGAAUUCAUUAAUUCAGUUGAUAGAAUGCUGACGACAGGUAUUGAAGUAGUAGGUUUGUUUACUUAUAGUUAGAGUUCAGAUCAUAAACAGCAAAGUUUCAAGAAAUUGAAUUCUUUAAUGACGAGGCUAUUCACUGUAGAUCCAGAAGAUGAAAAGGAAUAGGAAGCAAGUGAAAACUUAAAGCUUAAAAAGCCUUUGAAAGACCAGUACAUAUUGAUGAGUAUAUACAAUCAGAAAGUAGGCUAGUCAUUUGGUGAUAUAAACCUAUAUAUGAACAAUAAUCUGCUACAAAUAUCAGAGUAGAUUCGUAAUCACAAUAUCAUUGAUAGAAUUGUAUAUGCUACUAUGUGCUAUCCUGUCGACAUUUAACUAUCUUUUGCAAAAAAUGAUCCUAAAAUCAUGAGCUUUAGAGAAAUAAAUACCUUUGCUGAGGAAUAGCUUAAACAAGAAAUUAGUAAUUGUGCUAUACAAGUCAAUUAAUAAGUAGUUCUAACUAAAACAUAAGCAUCCAGUGUUAGCAUCCAAAGUAUUAUAGAAUGUUAAGGUAGCGAAGAACAAGUGUCAAUAAACUUUAGCUCAAAUGAUAAUAAGAAAUAAUCAGGGAAUAAAAAAGCUGCUAAGAGUGGAAAAUCUAAUCCUAAGGAUCAGGGAAUUAUAUUAUAGCAAUAUGAAAUUCCAGAAAUUGAAGUAAAAAAACUUAAUGGAUUUUUCAUUAAACCUAUUUCUGACAAUAUAAAAUAUGAGCAUCUGCUAAGAAUAAAGGGCAAUCUUCAUCUCAGUUGCUAUGUUAAUACUGAAAAAUAAUCACUGAAGGACUUAGUAAAUCUAUUGAUCGAAGAUAUGAGUGCUUAGUUCAGAUUGAGACUAGAAAUUCUUUACGAAGAAGCUUAAAAUAACAUUUCCCUUGUGAAUCCUUUUGAUCUCAAUACAGAUAACAUGACUAGAAUACAGCAAUUUGAUUUGUUACUUCCUAGAAAGUGCUACUUUAAGCUCCCAGAUCAUCUCAACGGUAUAAAGUCAAAACUCAUAUUUAAUGAUUACCUUCUCUUCUUUGAAAAUAACGCUGAAGCAUAAAAGCGACUAUUUGAAAGUACAGGACUCAUUCCAAGAGAUGGGGGUAAGUUGGAAUCUAAAGAAACUAUUUCAAAAGAGGAAUGCGAUAAAAAACUGCUGAAAAUAAAAAAUCCCAUUCUCUAGCAAAAGCAUGAUAUGUAAUAGAGGACUGAGUAAGCCAAGAAGGUAGACGCGUAGUUGAAUGAAGCUAAAAAGGAAAAGACUCCAAUGGAGAUCUCAUAUGAGCGCAGAUAAUAGUAUUUGCAGAGAUAGUUUAAUAUGAGAUUAGCAUUUUUCUUAGUCUGCUUUGUUAUGAUGAUGCUAUCUUACGGGUAUGUUUACUUUUAUUUAAUGUGA